CCAAAGAUAAAAAAAAGUCCAAGGCAGGUCUUCAUGACACAAGACAGAAGUAUUUGUUAAGAUUUAUUUUUGAAACACCUAAAAUAAAUAGACACCAAUAAACAUGAAUGCGCUUAUUCACAUCUUGCUAGGUUUUCAGAUAUUUAAAAUUUUUUUUUUUUUUGGCACAUCAUUGUAAAUGUACAGUUGUUCACAUGGUGUCACUGUUGAACACUGAAGCAUAGUGCUCUCUCCCACGUUGACGUCCCAGUUAUUUUCACUGGGCGUGUGAGGAUCGCAUCUGUCUGGAAAAAAGAUGAUUUUCAUUCAAAAUCUAGUCCUUUUUCCGAGGCAUUCCCAAGUUUUUGCUUUGAGAUAUUUUCAAUAAUUCCAAAAACCUCCCGGAUCUGAAGAGGAAACAUCCAUGUUUUUGACUGCGCAUCAGAGGAUGGCGCUUUGCGCUGCUGCCUUUGUCUUCGCUGCAGUGUGGCCCAGUGCGCUCUCUGUGACUCGCCACUCUAUAGCCGAGGAGAUGGAGCGCGGCUCUGUUGUGGCCAACCUGGCUGCGGAUCUAGGGCUUGAUCUAAAAUCCCUGCAAGACCGUGAGGUAAAACUCGACAUAUUUACCAACAAAAGGUAUUUAGAUUUCAACAAAAAGACGGGGGAGCUUUAUAUUGUAGAAAGAAUGGAUAGGGAGUAUCUGUGUCCAGCUAAGCCAACAUCCUGCUUUCUAAAGCUCGACGUUGUCAUAGAAAACCCAUUGCGCAUCUUCAACAUUGAGCUCGGUAUUACAGACAUUAAUGACAAUGCUCCGCUUUUCCGGCGAGACAGAGUCGAGCUGGACGUUUCCGAAUCCGCGACGCCGGGUGAAAGGUUCUCCCUGCCCAACGCCGCGGAUCCAGAUGUGGGCAUAAACACGAUCAAAACUUACAAACUCAGCGCCAGUGAACAUUUUACCAUCGAGAUUCAGACGGGAAGUGACGGGACGCAGUAUGUGGAUUUGGUUUUGACUAAAUCUUUAGACCGAGAAGAGACAGCAGCGCAUCAUUUGAUCCUGACAGCCGUGGAUGGAGGUGCGCCUGUGCGCUCUGGCACCGCAAAUAUCGUGGUCAGAGUGCAGGAUACGAACGACAACCCCCCGCGCUUUGACAAACAGAUUUACACAAUAAAUAUGACUGAAAACACUCCGAUAGGCACCGCAGUGACGACGCUUAACGCAACAGAUCUGGAUGAAGGUCUGAACGCAUUAAUAAUGUACUCGUUCACCCUUUACACGUCAGAGAAAACACAAGAUGUGUUUGCGUUAAAUCCAAACACCGGAGAAAUAACCGUAAAAGGGAUGAUAGAUUACGAGGAUAUGAAAUUUUAUGAGAUGCACAUUGAGGCCAGAGACAAAGGGACGCAUCCGCUGCUCGGACAGUGCAAAGUGGUCGUCCACGUGACCGAUGUGAAUGACAAUUAUCCAGAAAUCACCAUUCAGUCUGUUAGAAACACAGUACCUGAAAACAUUCCAGUAGGGAGUGUCAUUGCGCUGGUGGAAACAAGUGACAGGGAUAUAGGCGAUAAUGGAAAAGUCACCAUUUCCAUUCACCAGGCAAUGCCUUUUAUUUUGAAAAAAUCCUCAGAUAAACCAACACAAUAUGAACUCAUUGUAUCCGAGCCUUUAGACCGUGAGAACGUACCUGAAUAUGAAAUUAGACUGAUUGUAACUGAUUCAGGAAUGCCCCCCCUGUCAGACAAUGAAACAAUAACAGUGCGUUUAUUGGAUGUGAAUGAUAAUGCUCCAAAGUUCCCAAAGUCCUUUUACACCAUCAGAGUGAUGGAGAAUAAUGCCCCCGGGGCCCUGCUGGAGUCUCUGAGUGCGUUUGACCCUGACCUCCAUGAAAACCAGUAUCUGGUUUACGUCAUCAUAGAGAAGGAGAUCGCUAACACCUCCAUGUCCAUGCUGUUCUCCAUCAAUCCAGAGGACGGGAAACUUUACGCGCUGAAAACCUUUGACUAUGAGAUUGAGAAGGAGUUUCUUUUCCACAUCGAGGCCAGAGACUCUGGCUCUCCUCCUCUCAGCAGUAAUGUGAGCGUCCACAUCAUCAUCGUGGACCAGAACGACAACGCUCCUGUCAUCGUGUCUCCGUGGCGAGCACACGGCUCUGUGGUGGAGGAGAAGAUUCCCAGAUCCACAGAUAAAGGCUCCCUGGUCGCCAAGGUGAUCGCUUUGGACACGGACUCUGUGCACAACUCUCGGAUUACAUACCAGUUCCUGCAGGUGACUGACGCCACCUUGUUCAGUCUGGACCAAUACAACGGAGAGAUCCGGACCAUGAGGAUGUUCAGUUACAGAGACCCGCGCCACCAGAGACUGGUUGUUGUUGCCAAGGACAACGGGGAGCCGGCUCUCUCUGCUACAGUCACCAUCAAGCUGUCCACAGAGGAGACUGCUGUUAAGGCCUACUCUGACAUGACUGAGGUGCCUCUGGAAUACGACAUCUUCUCAGACCUCAACCUGUAUCUGGUGAUUGGUCUGGGCUCGGUGUCCUUUCUCCUGCUCAUCACCAUCUUGGUCACCAUCGUGCUGAAGUGUCAGAAAGCCAAGCCCAGCAAAGCGGCUCCUCCCAGCAGGAACAGUGUGAUCAGUGAGAGGAACUCCACCAUCGCAGACUCCACUCUGGUGUCCAACGAUGCCUACUGGUACAGUCUGUUUCUGGCAGAGACCAGGAAAGGGAAGCUGGUGGUUAGACAGCCUGUGCCAAAGGGCUCCAGAUACAUCGUGUCCAGCAUUCCAAGAGGGACAGGACUCACAGACACUAGUGACUCAGCUGCUUCCACUCUGCAGGCAGCUACGCCCCUCCCCUCUUGA